CAGUAUUUCGGCAUAUUUCCGCGCAGAGUCCGAUUUGAUGAAGUGAAAACGGUCCAUAGGUCGGUUAUAGUCGGCAUGAUAACAGUAGUCAAGCCCGUCAGGAAUUUACCUGUAAUGCCAGUGUUCUAUUCGCGCUAUUUCUUGCACAGAGUGUAAGACCAGCCUCGGAGGCAUCAGCACAUAUCCUCGAAGCUUCUGUUCGCGACAAUCGAACCAUAUUACCUGUGAAGCUCAUCUCGAGCCGACAAGACUGCAAUACUUUCACUCACGCAACAAGAAGAUUGCUACUCCGUUCCCAUCCAUAUGGCGGCUAACGGGGACGCCAAGCCCCUUUUCGUAGCACCUAAUGGUGGCCGGAAAGCCUGGACCAUCGUUCUGGGUUCAUUCCUCCUGCAAUCGUCCUCAUAUGGAUACGUGAGCGCCUGCGGCGUGUUUCAGCUCUACUACAAGACUGUCCUGCUCCCCGGCUACUCGUCUCAGGAACUCGGCUGGAUCACGACCGUUGCCGUAUGCUUGAUAUUCGGGGCCUGUCUUCCGAUGGGUCACAUUGUUGACUUGUAUGGCAUCAGAGCUGUUACAGGACCCUCCGCUGCCUUGGGCGUCGCAUCGAUAGGCCUGCUCAGCCUGUGCACUAAAUACUGGCAAAUCCUGUUGUGCCAAGGCUUUGCCUUGGGGUUGGCCUGCAGCGGCACGAUGCUGCCGGCUGUUAUCUGCGUCACACAGUGGUUCUCCUCCAAGAGAGGCCUGGCAGUGGGAAUGGCGAGUGCCGGUGGUGGUUUCGGUGGUGUUAUCUAUCCUAUCAUGGUGGCCCGACUGAUUGACCAACAUGGAUUUUCCACAGCAGUCAAGUGGUCAACGUUGCCUAUGGGUUUCGGAAUGAUUUUUGGAGUCUUGCUUUGCGAAAGCCCCUUCCCAGCCAGGAAGGCCCGGGAAAGAGCAGAGCAGCAAAAGCGCCUUCAAGAAGGCUUUUCAGGUGCUCACAAUACUGACGCGGGGCAGAUAACAGAGUCUAAAGACGGGCAGGAAGGUGUGGACCUCAGCCCAGCGGCCCAAGGCUCGGACUCGGAGGAUCUAGAACAAGGCCGGAAACCAGGUGGCUUCUUAAAGUCAUUACGCCACAAUGGAGCGGCCUGGGCUUGCUUCGCCAUUGGGGCUUUUUUCUGUAUGUUCAGUCUCCUGUCGCCUCUGAACUACUUGCCUGAGAUGGCACAGGAGGCGGGAACGAGCCUCAGCCUCUCUCAAUACACGCUGAGCAUUAUAAAUGCGGGCCAAAUGUUUGGUCGCGUUUUACCGGGCUGGUUAUCCGAUCAUGCUGGGCCACUCACCACCAUGGCCAUGGUGAGCGGACUCUCGGCGAUAGCUAUGCUGGUCAUCUGGCUACCGCUCGACUUUUACCCUAAUUUUGCCGGUAUCAUCUUCUUCGCUGCAUUCUAUGGACUCAGCUGUGGUGGCUGUAUGAGCCUCGCAUCUCCGUGUGUAGUUGCACUGGCCGAUGGCAGAGUCCACGACCUUGGUGCAAAGAUGGGGAUCGCCUGUAUGUUCAUGGCAAUUGGUUCAUUAGUGGGCGUUCCUGUAAUUGGUGUCAUCAAAGAAAGCACUAACAGCUUCGAUGGACUCACUGCAACCGCGGGUGCUACAAUGGCUAUAGGCGGUGUGCUGUUCUUUAUUUCACGAGUCAAGCUUGGUGGCUGGAAGCUUUUGCAUAAGGUAUAAGGUAUUGCGAGGUUUGUUUCUCAGAUCGUAACCGGAAAGCAGCUUUUUACACGUCGCCAAAACCAGUCCCAUAUUUAAACUCGAUUGAAGACAUUGUCAAAAAACUGCUAAUAUUCUUUUGCUCUCUAUUAGCGAUGGGACUAUACAGAAAAGGGACAGGACAAUAUACUUGUUUAUAUUGAUUUAAAAUGGCUCAAAAAUCUUCAUGUUCGCGGAGUUGAGUCUGUCAGAUCUCCUUAGGG